UGUAUGGCGUCCGAAACGUCGCCAGUCCGAGUCCGAAAAGUCACCUGACCGAGUCCGAAACGUCAUCUACCCGAGUUCGAAAUGUCGAGGACAUAUUUUUUGGAGUCCGAAAUGACCUUGAAACCACCAUGCUUAAUUAUAUUAUGGCUGUCAUUUUAAUUUGAAGACUUAAAGCUACUCAACAAAUAUUGGAAUUUGCAUCAGAAUGGCUAAUACAACUCUAUGUACUGAUACAUCUGAAGCUAAAGAACUUUAUGGUCCCCAAAAUCUUUUUAUCAAACCUGUUGCUAAACUUAAUAUAUGUGUCCAGCUACCUCAGUUAAAAGGGCCAGCAGGGAAAGCCAUAUCCAACUGGGAAGUGAUGGAGAAAAUCAAACACAUGAUAAAACCUGAGACGUUCAUAACUCUGAAAAUAGUGAAGAGUACCUUAGAAUUUAUACGUUUAGAAGGAGAAAUUGAAAACAAGGGCAAAAUAAAGUUACUGAUUGCCAAACUUGAUACAAAGACAGUCAAAUUAAGUGGGUUUACAGAAGUUCUGAAGAUUCGCUCAGCUGAAGCAAAAAUAAACUUUCCCUCCAAACAUGACUGGGACUCGUAUUUCCGUGAUGCCAAGAACAUGAAUGAAAUGAAAGCCGGUGAAAGGCCUGAUUGUCUCCAUCUUAAAGAUCUUCCUACUCGAUGGUUUUCUUCACGAAACUCAUCAAAUAAAGACAAACCAAGUGAAAAUGUGUUACGUCGUGUGUUUGAAGUAUUUGGAGAAGUGCGUUGUGUCGAUAUCCCAAUGUUAGACCCAUAUCGUAAAGAAAUUAUCGCAGCAACUAAACCAGGUGUCAUACAGACAUUUUCAUAUAAUCAAGAUUUAACAUUUGAAGCUUUUGUACAAUAUAAAGAAUAUAUUAGUUUUAUGAAAGCAAUGGAUGCUCUACGAGGAAUGAAGUUAAUGUGUAAAGAUGGGGAUAAAGCUUUAACAGCCAAUAUAAAGGUAGAUUUUGAUAAGACAAAACAUUUAACCGACAGGAAUAUUAGAAAGCGACGUUUAGAAAGAGAGAAAUUAGAAGAACUAGAGAGAUUGAGAGAAGAAAAAGUCAGAAAAGAAAAACAAGCAGAAGCAGAUAAAGAAAGAGAAGAAAGACAGAGAAAAGAUGAGGAAGAAAGGGAAAGAGAAAGAAAAAAAUUGGAAAAGAUCAAAAUGAGAGAAGAGAGACAAAAAGAGAGGGAAAAAAUGAGACGAAUGAAAAAAAUAGAAAAGAAAAAAAGAGAAGAAGAAGAGAGAAUGCAACUGAAAAUAGCUUUAGAAGAAAGGAAAUAUCUUUUAGCAGAAAGGAAAUUAAAUUCUAUACAUCUAUUAUCAUAUUUAUUUGAUAGAGUCAAGGAUGUCAAAUGUAAAGAGGAUCUCAAAAGACACGAACAAGAAGUUGAGGAAGAACGAAUAAAACAAAUAAAGGAAGAAGAAGAAAGAAAAUUAAAUGAAGAAAAAAGAAAAGCUGAGGCUAAAAAACGAAAAGCUAUAGAGUUAGAACAACAGGAGAAAGAACUUCGUCAAAAAAUAUUAAAAAAAAUUAGUCUGAAAGAGGAAAGGAAGCAAGAAGAAAUGAGAGAAGAGUUACGUAAAAAAGUAGCUGGUACAAAACGGUUAAAGAGUGCAGUCAUCAUGAAGAGAUGACUAGAUGACAUUAUUAGUGAUAGACAAUCUGAGUUUAAUUCCUAGAUUACCAACAGAUUUUAUUAAUAAAUUAGACUCUCCUUGCACCAUAAUUUUUAUGGUAAGCUGGAGUGUAAAGGCCAGUGUUUUUAUGGUAAGUCUAGAGUAAGUCCUGUGUUUUCAUGGCAAGUUGAAGUGUAAGGCCUGUGUUUUUAUGGCAAGUUGAAGUGUAAGGCCUGUGUUUUUAUGGCAAGUUGGAGUGUAAGGCCAGUGUUUUUAUGAUUUUUAAAAGCGUUAUUGGCUGUUUUGUGGGGCUGAACGCCUGCUUCCACCGAGGAUGAUAUCACAGCGUUAUAGUGAAGCCUUGUGCUUUAUAAGUGAUUUGAUACAAUCCAUGGCUAAAGGCUGCAAAUGAAAACAUUGCAAAAUUAUAUUCUUAAAAAACAGGAAGAAGCUUCAGCUGUCCUACAUGUGUGUCUUGUCUGCGAUAUCACUUUUGUGGAAGCAGCCGUACUACUACUACUCCAGCAUAUGAAGUCAAUGAACACCAAUCAAUGGUGGUAUAGUUAAGCCCUAGUGUGGUUUUAUAAAAGAUGUAAAAUUGUUUUUAUUUAUAUAAUAAUUUUAUAAUGGUUACAGUGCUGUACAUAUGGUAUUAUGUACUGAUUGAUUACAGCAAGAGUCAUAGUGUACAUUUGUCUUUUCUUUUCCUAAAAUAUUGACCCCAUCCUUGAAAUUGAAACAUACAUGUAUUUACCUUAAAUUUGCUCCUGAUGACAUUGAUCUUUAAAAUAAUGUAGUACUUACAGUGAUGUAAAACAUUAUUGUUGUAAAUGCAGUAGUGUAUAGCAUUACAUUUUCAUCGCUGGGAUUGUAUAACAUAAUAUUUCAUUGUAGUUGUGUUAUGUUGUAAUUGCAGUGAUCUAUUAUACAAUUCAUAUGAUAUGUCACUGCAAGUGGUGAUUACAUGUAGUAAUUGCAGUAAUGUCUAGUGAUUAUGUAAUGGUAAAUAUUGAAUGUGUGAUAAUUAUACUGCGUGAAUGGUGAUGUGAUGUAUCAGUCAUAUAUUUAUAUUUAUAUUAUUUUUAUACGCCCACAUUUUCAUGUGGACAUAUAUUGUCGUCGCCCCUGUCCGUCCAUCCGUCCACAAUUGUUUGUGGACACUCUACAGGUCACAAUUCUUAUCCGAUUUUGACGAAACUUGAAAUGUAGGUUUAUCUCCAAAAGAUCUCGGCUGCUUUCUAUAUUGGCAUGUAUCGGAUCAAAACUUCAUGGAUUAUGUUUGUACGAAAAAUCACGUUUUUAGCUUGUGGACCCUAUAGAGGUCACAAUUUUUAUCCGAUUUUGUUGAAACUUGAAAUGUAAGUUUAUAAACCAAAGAUCUUGGUUCCUUUUGAUAUUCGCACAUAUCGGACCAUAACUUCCUGAAUUAUGGCCCAUGAUUGUACGAAAAAUCACGUUUUUAGCUUGUGGACCCUAUAGAAGUCAUAAUUUUUAUCCGAUUUAAAAAAUCGUAUUAUUAUAUCACCGUUACACCCUAAGGUCGACAGAGUUCAAAUUUCGUGAAAAUCGGCCCAAAAUUGACAGACAAAAUGGUCGCCAUUCGUUCGUUCUCAACUAGCGUAAAAAUAUGGUAUAUCAAGGUUGUGGACCCUAUAGAGGUCACAAUUUUUAUCCGAUUUUGUUGAAACAUAAAAUGUAAGUUUAUAACCCAAAGAUCUGAUUGUACGAUAAAUCGUGGUUUUAGCUUGUGGACCCUAUAGAGGUAAUAAUUUUUAUCCGAUUUAAAAAAAAAGGGAUUAUUAUAUCACCGUUACCUCCUAAGGACGACUGAAUUCGUAUUUCGUGAAAAUCGGCCCAAAAUUGACAGACAAAAUGGCCGCCGUUCGUUCUCAAAUAGCAUAAAAAUAUGGUAUAUCAAGGUUGUGGACCCUAUAGAGGUCACAAUUUUUAUCCGAUUUUGUUGAAACUUGAAAUGUAAGUUUAUAACACAAAGAUUUCAGUUCCUUUCGAUAUUCGCGCAUAUCGAAUUGUAAUUUCCUGAAUUAUGGCCCUUGAUUGUAGGAAAAAUCACUUUCUUGUUAGCGUGUUCUCUAUUCAUCUCUCGAAAAUGUGGGCGUAUCCUGCCUGGCAGCCGCUGGUUAUACAAAGAUAUGGGGUUGGAUGGCCGAAUGGUUAGCGUGUGCACGUUGUAUCAUAAGGUCUGUCAUUGAGUCAACUGGCGUGGUUUGGAUUCCCCGGUUGUAUGUGACAAGGAGUAGGGUUGCCUGUCCAAUCUCGUGGGUUUUCUCCGUGUCCACCAGUUUCCUCCCACUGCUAAAGACCCCUACGUGCAAGCGAAUUAUUGAAAUGACCUAGUUUGUGUCGAGUAUACAAAGAUAGGCUCUCUUAAAUUUCUGAUCAGUUUAUAUUCAGCACUGACUAACCUGAUGAAUUGUUAGGCUUACAUUUGGAUUUAUAGUGAUGGAUUUUAUUUUUUUUUAAUGUUUCAUAGUUCACAUUGGUCUACCAUAAAGCUCUUUGUUGAUAAGUUAAUGUAUAAUUUCAAGGGCUUUUAUAUUCUAAUGAGUGAACAUUUUCUAUUUCAUACUUGACAUGGUAAAAAUGAUAGCUUAUAAAUUAAGGUGAUGACUGUUGAAUGGUAAGAUGUGAACAGCAUGUAAAACAUCCUCGGUAUCCUCAGUGGUUUCAUUCCGUUCAACUCCACUAACCCCUGGGUUCAUCCAUGGGGAGACAUAUAUUCAAAUUAUCUGCCCUUGAUGUUUGUGCUAUUUUUUAUUUUGACCUAUCAAAAUAAUUGUUAAAUACAUGAGAACUGAUGUAAAAAAAUCGUUCCCAUUGAAAAGAGGAUUUAGGACAUUUUCGUGUGUGCAUGUCACUUCUUUUAUAUUAAAGGGCAAAUCUUGAUUAUAUUUUAAAGAACUGCUUAAUUUUGUGUUAAAAGCCCUUAAAAUCCUCUAACUUAGAGCUGAGCAACUAACUCAAUGGGGGAGUUGGAUGGCCGAAUGGUUAGCAUAUGCACGCUGUAUCAUAAAGCCUGUCAUUGAGUCAACUGGUGUGGUUUCGAAUCCCCGGUUGUACGUGACAAGGAGUAGGGUCGCCUGUCCAACCUCAUGGGUUUUCUCCGGGUCCUCCAGUUUCCUCCCACUGUUAAAGACCCCUACGCGCAAGUGAAUUAUUGAAAUAAAAUUAAAACCAUAUCUUAGUCUCGAAAUGACCUAGUUUGUGUCGAGUGGACGUUAAACCCCAUUUCUCUCUCUCUCACUAACUCAAUGUAUGUGAUAUGUUUUCAAACAACUUAAACCCAUCAGUCUUCAUCUGGAAAUGGAGACCGCUGUAUUAUACUGUGUUUGGAUAAAACCAGACUUCUAUUUUUAAAAAAUAACAUGUAGGUGAAAUUUACCUUUCGUUAUGAAGUACAUCAUGUGGGUCUUGCACUGUAUAGACCUUGAAAGGAACGGCAAUAGAUUAUCAGGUCACCCAACGAAAAAAUUGACCCGAAAUCAUAAAAGGGUUACGUGUCGAAAUAAGCGGUUUUGACGUUCACGUCCAAACGACUCAAUAUUUUGAGACAAGGUAAAUACACCAUUCCUCUAUAUUAAAUUUCAUACGUGCACACACUUUUAUUUUUAAGAUUCUGUUAAGAUUGGCAUGAUCCCUUUAAAUUUCUUGCCAACUUUCUCAUAAUCCAGAGAACAAGCCGCCAAAAUAUUUUUGAUUGGUUCGUAGAAUAAUGCUACGAUCAAGGGCAGAUAAUUUGAAUAUGUGAAUUCCCCCAUGGAUGAACCCAGGGUAUAGUGGUGUAGAUUGGGAUGAGACCACUGGGAUGAAGUAAAUUAAAUAGUUUGCUGCUUAGAUGAACAUAACAUUUUAAGAAUGCAGCCGUUUUGGGGGGUUUUUUUGGCUGAGAGGUGAGGUCAGUGCUGGAAUUUAUGAUUUAGCAAAUGAGCGGAACACAUUCUUAAAUGCUAAGGUACAUCAAUAGUUUGAUAGCUGUGAGAACUCCUGAAACAAAAAAUGUUUGCUGUGCCAAGAUUUCCUGACGAUAAUUGGAGUUAUUGCCCUUAGAACAUAAAAUUCUUCCAACAAGUGCCAAUUCAGUUAAAUAUUUCAAGUGGGCACACGGCCACGUUUUUGCGGUGGGGGGAAUUGUUAUAUGUCCAGGCCCAGAUUAAGGGCGUGGGGCUGAGUGGACUGCAGCCAGGGUCCCCAAAUUAUGCUAUACAUGUAUAUGGUUGUGGCAAAUAAAUCUAUCAUACUGACAUACAGUUUGUGUGAGUGUGGCGGACAAUGACUAGAAUAUGCCCCCUUUUUUAUAAUGUUGAACCAAGGGCCCCACUGAUAAUUUUAAGCCAGGGGUCCCAUGCAAGCUUUAUCCAGGCCUGGACAUGUUUUCACAAUAAUAGGAAUAACUUGGGAUUAAAAUUGUUUUCAAUAUUAUCAUUAGGCCUAUAUAUUGUCUUUCACUAUCAGUUUAUUUGUCAAUUUUGUUUCCCAGAUAAUUCUAAACUGUCAGAAUAGUGAGGAUGGGUCUGAGUAAGACUCAAACAGGGCUCGGGACUUCGGCAGAUCACAAAGGUACUUAACAUUUAUUUAUUAUUUAAGACAAAAAAAGAGCCCCUUCGCUCUGUUGGUUAGCACAUAUGAACAUAAUAAGUCCAAAGAAGUCUUUACAUCACUACUCUUGGCAAGGCUUUGGUAAGCACGCCCCUUCGCCCUUUCAAAAAUCCCGAAUUUGCCCCCGAGUGUCCAAGAGAUCUAGCAUUUUGUGUUUGGUUAUUGUCACAUAAUAAUAUAUUACUAAGUGUAGGUCACACUGCAUCAUAUUAAGUUGUAUUCAUUAUCACCGUCGUUCCCAUUGUUAUCAUAAUA